UUCGGAAAGAGCCCCCGGGCCGGGGCACGGAGAGAGCCGAGCGCCGCAGCCAUGAGCCGAAUAGAGCCGGAGAGACCCGAGUAUGACCGGAGAAGCCCAGGCCGGCCGGAAGAGGAGCCGAGCGCGGCCGGAAGGAACCGAGCCCGUCCGAAGGGAGCGGAGCGCAGCUGGGCGUGGGGCCCGGUCGAUCCCGCGCCAUGGCGGCCGAGGGGACAGCUGUGGCCGGAGGCGGGGCUGUUGGCGGCUGCCUGGCCAAAGACGGCUUGCAGCAGCCUAGGUGCCCGGACACUACCCCAAAACGGCGGCGCGCCUCUUCGCUGUCGCGUGACGCCGAGCGCCGAGCCUACCAGUGGUGCCGGGAGUACUUGGGCGGGGCCUGGCGCCGAGUGCAGCCCGAGGAGCUGAGGGUUUACCCCGUGAGCGGAGGCCUCAGCAACCUGCUCUUCCGCUGCUCGCUCCCGGACCACCUGCCCAGCGUUGGCGAGGAGCCCCGGGAGGUGCUGCUGCGGCUGUACGGAGCCAUCCUGCAGGGCGUGGACUCCCUGGUGCUGGAAAGCGUGAUGUUUGCCAUCCUUGCGGAGCGGUCGCUGGGGCCCCAGCUGUAUGGCGUCUUCCCAGAGGGCCGGCUGGAACAGUACAUCCCAAGCCGGCCAUUGAAAACUCAAGAGCUUCGAGAGCCAGUGUUGUCAGCAGCCAUUGCCACGAAGAUGGCGCAAUUCCAUGGCAUGGAGAUGCCUUUCACCAAGGAGCCCCACUGGUUGUUUGGGACCAUGGAGCGGUACCUAAAACAGAUCCAGGACCUGCCCCCAACUGGCCUCCCUGAGAUGAACCUGCUGGAGAUGUACAGCCUGAAGGAUGAGAUGGGCAACCUCAGGAAGUUACUAGAGUCUACCCCAUCGCCAGUCGUCUUCUGCCACAAUGACAUCCAGGAAGGGAACAUCUUGCUGCUCUCAGAGCCAGAAAAUGCUGACAGCCUCAUGCUGGUGGACUUCGAGUACAGCAGUUAUAACUAUAGGGGCUUUGACAUUGGGAACCAUUUUUGUGAGUGGGUUUAUGAUUAUACUCACGAGGAAUGGCCUUUCUACAAAGCAAGGCCCACAGACUACCCCACUCAAGGACAGCAGCUGCAUUUUAUUCGCCAUUACCUGGCAGAGGCGAAGAAAGGUGAGACCCUGUCCCAAGAGGAGCAGAGAAAACUGGAAGAAGAUUUGCUGGUAGAAGUCAGUCGGUAUGCUCUGGCGUCCCAUUUCUUCUGGGGUCUGUGGUCCAUCCUCCAGGCAUCCAUGUCCACCAUAGAAUUUGGUUACUUGGACUAUGCCCAGUCUCGGUUCCAGUUCUACUUCCAGCAGAAGGGGCAGCUGACCAGUGUCCACUCCUCACCCUGACUCUCCACCCCCCCACUCCUUGGAUUUCUCCUGGAGCCUCCAGGGCAGGACUUUGGAGGGAGGAGCAACCAGCAGAAGGCCCUGGGGACUGGGCUGAGCCCCCAAGUGAAACUGAGGUUCAGGAGACCGGCCUCUCCCUGAGUUUGAGUAGGUCUCCAUGGCUGGCAGGCCAGAGCCCUGUGCUGUGUAUGUAACACAAUAAACAAACUUCUUCCUUCGCGCCCUGUCC